UUUACUUGCACUGGAAAUUAUCAUUUUUAUUUAUUAAUUUUCCCUCAAUUUUCUGAUCGGCGAUCGACAGGAGUGUCCCAAAUCCUCGCCGCCGAUUCCCCUACAAUCCCUACCCGAACUAUGACCCACAUGACAACCCAAGACCCAAUUCACUAAUCAUCCGCUUAGAAAACCCUAAAUCUCUUUAUCAUUUUUGUACUUUGUUAUCAUCUAUAAAAAUAAGGAAGCAAAAAAAAGUAGUUUGUGGGUUGUUUGUGUUUGUGUGUGUGAGAUAGUGUGUUUACAGUACAGUGAUAUUCACGAAAUCAGGUCACUGUCUUGAUUUCCUCGAGCUUACAAGUACACGUGGCGAUCUGGGUCUUGCUUCACUUGCCAUUUCACUGUUCAAAUCUCAGCAAAUAAGAAAAUGCGGUUAUGCGUGAGAAUUGGGUAUCUUGUGCUGUUAUGCCUGCUGAGUUGGUCAUAGCUUUUAUAUUGAGAUAUUGGCUUUCUUAGUGACUUUAAUUUUUACAUGGAAGUCAACGUAGAGGAGGCCCUUAGGGCAAAAGAGAUUGCCGAGAAGCGAUUUUUUGAAAAAGAUUUUGCUGGUGCAAAGAACUAUGCUUUAAAGGCAAAAUCUUUGUGUCCUGGACUAGAGGGUAUAUCUCAGAUGGUGGCCACAUUUGAAGUUUACAUCGCAUCUGAGGUUAAAUGCAAUGGUGAAAUUGAUUAUUAUUCAGUUCUUGGACUGAAGCCUUCUGCUGACAGAGAUGCAGUGAAAAAGCAGUACAGGAAGAUGGCAGUGUUGCUUCACCCUGAUAAGAAUAAAACUGUGGGUGCUGAUGGGGCAUUUAAACUCGUAUCUGAAGCAUGGACCAUGUUGUCAGAUAGUCUUAAGAGGAGCUCUUAUGAUCUCAAGAGAAACAAACAGAUGGCACCUUGUGUUGUGCAGACAAAUUUAUCUUCAGUGCAUACUGCUGGGGUAACAGGAUAUAACAGUUGUUCCAAUUCAUCAACCUCUCAUGGUCUGGAUACCUUUUGGACUGUUUGUACUUCUUGUAAAGUUCAGUACGAGUAUCUAAGGAAGUAUGUGAAUAAGAGACUUUCAUGUAAGAACUGUCGAGGUACUUUCGUUGCUGUGGAAACAGGGACUGCUCCAGUGAAUGGUUCUUUUCCUUACUGUCCCUGGUCAUACGUUCCUGGUAGUGGGUAUGGAAGUCAUGGAUAUGAUGGAGUUACCUAUGUCCCAACCGCUACUACUGUAUUUUCAGGAAAUGGAGUCUCAGGAUUACACACUGGACAUGGCUAUGAGUAUGUUUCAAAUGUGUCAUUCCAGUGGAGCUCAUUGUCUGGGACUUCCAGUGGAGUUGUGGGUCACAAUGGAUCAUCUACUGUAUUAACUGAUGCUGUUUAUCAGGCUAAUGGAAAUGCUACUGGAGCAAGAGCAAAUUUCAAACCAGCAGCCAAUGGAAAGCGGUCAAUGAAAACUGCCAUAGGUAAUGUGAAUUCAAAUGUCUCUGCUAGCUACAAUGAAUCCUCAGCUCCAAAAGCUGGUAGACCGGAUAAGAAAAGGAAGGUUGUCACUGGAACCACCUUUAGAAAUGGGUAUGAAGAAAAGGGAUUGAAGCCUCCCUCGGAAGUUGGAUUGGCUAAUGGAAAUGCCAGUGUCGAGCAGAACCCUAAGCUUUCGAGUACAAAUGAACUUCCAAACAGGCGAAUUUCAAUUGCGCCUGCUUUUGAUGCUAGGAAGUUGUUGAUUGACAAGGCAAGGACUGAUAUCCGUAAGAAAUUAGAAGAUAUGAGAUCUGCUGCUGCUGCUGCUGCUGCCUCCGCCACUGCUGCUGCUGCUUCAGCUGCAGCAGUUAAAGAGAACAAACAAGUUCAAUCAACAGAAGCAGGAGCGGCUCUGAAUAAUUCAGAUGUUCCUGGCCAUCAAAUAAAGGCAACCAUAAUUGCACCGAUCUCAAUAACAGUGCCUGACCCUGAUUUUCACGAUUUUGACAAGGAUAGAUCGGAGGAAUGCUUCAAACCAAAACAAAUAUGGGCUAUAUAUGAUGAAGAUGAUGGCAUGCCUCGCCUGUACUGUUUGAUCCGCCAGAUUGUCUCAGUUAAACCCUUUAAGAUUCUCAUUACUUACUUGAACUCUAAAACUGAUAGUGAAUUUGGGCAAGUGAAUUGGAUAGAUUGUGGGUUUACGAAAUCUUGUGGACACUUCAGAGCAUGGAAUACUGAUAUUGUCGAUCAAGUGAACAUUUUCUCUCAUCUAUUGAAAGGGGAGAAAGCGGGCAGGGGUGGUUGUGUUCGGAUAUACCCAAAAAGUGGAGAUAUUUGGGCUGUUUAUCGGAACUGGUCAGCUGAUUGGGACAGAUCAACUCCAGAUGAUGUUAGGCAUCAGUAUGAGAUGGUAGAAGUUCUCGAUGAUUACUCCGAAGCUCUUGGAGUCUGUGUCGCUCCUCUCGUCAAGUUGGCAGGUUUCAAGACAGUAUACCAGAGGAACACGAACAAAGAUGCUAUUAGAUGGAUUCCAAGGAGAGAGAUGUUACGCUUUUCUCACCAGGUACCAUCUUGGCCUCUUGAAGGCGAAACAUGUACUUUGCCAGAUAAGUGUUGGGAUCUGGACCCUGCUGCAACUCCAGAUGAGCUGCUUCAUGCUGUAACAGAAGCAAAAGCUUAGGCUAAACAACCGGUCAAGCAGCAAAGCAACGGUGGUUUGGAGUUCGUUCCAUUUAUCAUUCUUAUAGAAAAUUUUUAGGUUGACUGUACAAUAUUUCACACUUGGUUCAAGGCCAAUGCAAACAUUAACUUCAUAUGAUUUUAGAUAAUUUGAUGUUUACUGAGGAACGUUGUGUCUGGAAUUCUGAGUCCAGUGACUGUUCAAUGAGGCCGUUGUAACAUUUACUGAGUAGUUACAACAACUGAUUGCGAACGCAACAGAUGACGAGAAAACUGUAAUAUUUGUAUGAUGGAUGGGCCACUAUUUAAUGCCAAAGAAUUGCAAGGCUCAGUGUAAUUGAACUGCUAGCCUCCUGAA